AUGUUUUUCCUGCGAACAUGCAAUUGUAUUCCCUAUUUUCUACCGAAAAUCUUUGAUAAUGCCACCAUUUGUUACAUACAACAUUUCGAUUGUCAAAAGAAGGCCGAAAGGGUUUACACGGAUCCCGAAACGAUGAAAUGUAAAAAGGAAUGCUUGUCAAGUUGCCAUGAUCUCAGCUAUAUGCCAGAUGUUUUUGAAACCCCUCUGGCUACAGAUGAUUUCGAAUUGGAUAAUAGUUUUAUGCGGAACUUCUCCAAGGAAUAUAUUUCGGAAAAUUUAGCCUUGGUUAAUAUUUAUUUUCCACAAAAUUAUUAUCGUAGUAGUAUUAAGACUCCGUAUACGGGUCUAACGGAAUAUUUGUCUCAAACUGGUGGCAUUAUGAGUUUGAUGAUUGGUUUCAGUGUAUUUUCCCUGGUGGAAUUUGCAUACUUUUUCAUUAUUAAACCCUUGAUGCAAUUGUGGACCAAGAUUUUCCGCAAAAAUAUUAUUAAUGUAGGUCAAGUGGAAGCCAGAAGGGAAUAUGCACAUUAA